AUGUUGGGCUGGAGAACGGAUGCGGCAAAUGCACGCUGUACAACUGGCAUGGAUUCAUGCCUACGCCUGGAAGAAAAAACAACAACCAAAUGCGCUGCUUCAACGAUCAUUCAAUUUAGCAAGAAUGGCAGUGCAAUUUAUUGUCCGACAGAUCUAUUUGCAAAUUUAACGAAGCUGUCACGUCGACAACGGAAUACUUUAUUUAUGAAUUUUUUAUUGACUUAUAUAGAAGGAACAUACGGCGAUGAAAUAAUUUCGGAGCAAGCAAGUGAUGGUAAACAAUCAGAUGAUACGUGUAAAUUUGUGAAAGCUUCCAAAAUCAGAAGAGAUGAGAGCUCAAAAGAUGAUGCUGCAUGGAGUUUACUGUGUAAUUUGUUGCCUGGAACAGUCCUAAAAUCACCGGGGUUCGGAUGGCAAUCAUUUCAGGCUUUUUUUCUUGUUGAUGUACCUGAAAAUGCUCAAGAAGCUGCUCAGAAUUACAAAAGGGGCAUCUCUGACAACGAACGAAGGGCUCUGGCUGAAUCGAUCCAGAAACAAAUGUUGUCUAAAUAUUUAUUUAAUUUGGAUGAAGUUAUCGUCCGGAAGAUUAAAGGAGAUGUCGCGAUUUUUGAAGUUGGAAAACUUACAUUUAUAGAUCGAUAA